AUCUCGGAUCUGAACUACAAAAAAUGGAGUCGACUCUUUCGUCUCCUUGUUCUUCGAUUUAAUCUCAUGGGAUAUCUUGACGACACUAUCGUCGCCAAAUCGGCCGACGAUGCCGAGUGGUUCCAAUUCGACGCCCUACUACAAGGAUGGAUCUUGUCUACCGUCUCCGAUGAGGUCUCCGAUCUCGUCCUCGCAAACAGCCCUACCGCCUCGGCACUCUGGAAAGCGAUCUACAAAUUGUUUCAUGACAACAAACAUGCCCGGGCAAUGCAAUUGGAGCACCGGUUCCGCACCACCGUCAAAGCAACCAAGACACUAAAUGAGUAUUGUCACACUCUCAAGAACCUAGCCGACUAUCUCGACGACGUGGAUGCUCCGGUGACUGAACACGCCCUCGUCCUACAAGUUCUUCAAGGAUUGCCGCAUGGCAUCCGGGGCCAAGUUCACUUUUUGCAGUAUCAAAACUCGUUUCCGACGUUCCUGGAAGUCCGAUCGGCCCUCCUCUUGGUCGAACAACAGCAGGCCGACACCCUCCCCAACACCGGCCCGUCCACCGCCCUUCUCAGCCUCAGCGGCGGUGGCGGCAGCAACAUGGCGGGCGGGGGUCAGUCGCGGCAGGGCAGCAACGGGCAGAACUCCGGGCAGGGCAGUUUCGGCGGAUCAAAUCGGGGCAACUCUGGUGGUUACCGCGGACUAGUGACGGACACCUCUACCCAUUCUCUCAAGCCUGCCCCCCAGCACAACUUCACCUCACCCAAGUCGACCUACCAACAUGGCACCGCCGCCUUGGACACCCAAGCCCAGCUGUGCUCCAUGGCAUCUCUUCUGUUUUAGAGAAUAAUAAUAAAUCAAAGUUAGAUUUUCUUUGUCAUGCGUGUCAACUAGGCAAACAUGUUCGCCUACCAUUUCAGUCUUCGAGUCGUAUUUCUCAGUUUCCUUUUCAAUUAAUGCAUACAGACUUAUGGCAAUCUCCUGUUCCCAGUGUGACUGGAGGAACGAUCAUUUAAGUUUUUGGUUUAAGAGAUUCAAACUCAGCGACGAGUUUGGAAAAGAGUAUGAGAAAAUGGAGGAAACUUAAUUGAAGAGAGUGAGGAAUAUAAAUAUACAAUUUUG